AUGAGAAAUAUUGUUCUUGGAAUUCUUAUUUUAUUUCUUGGAAUUUUGAUCAUUGUUUGUCAAAGUCAAACUACAAAGAAAUCAAAAGUCUCUGCUAAAAAUACUAGUUCUCGUCGAUGUCAAAAACCAAAAAAUGGUCAACAUAUAUGUUUUUGUGGAAAAAACAAAACCGAAUUCGAUCGUCUUAAAGGAGAAAGAUGUGUACUUGGUAAAAUAGUUCAGUCAAGUGCUCAAUCAAAACCUUCUGCUCUUCGAUUAACAACUAAACCAAUUCAUCAAUCUGCUCGUGAUGAUAAUGAAAAACUAUUAGGAUGUUCCGGACUCAUAUUUAAACCAUCAACCGAUGAAGAUCGAAAAGCAUAUGUUCCACUUCGUAAUGUAUCUGUCGAAGCUUGGAUUGAUUCUUUUGCUGCUGAUGUUACAUUGACGCAAGUAUUUUUUAAUCAAGAAGAAAAUAAUAUCGAAGCAAUUUAUGUAUUUCCUAUAGAGGAAAAUGCUGCUGUUUAUUCGUUUACAGCUCAAAUCGAUGAUCGAACAAUUAUAGCGACGUUAAAGGAAAAGAAAGUAGCAGAAGAAGAAUAUGAUUCAGCUAUAAAACAAGGUCAAACAGCAGUUUUAAUGAGACAAAGUAAAAAAACAUUGGAUACAUUUACAAUUAAUAUAGGUGCUUUACCACCUGGAAAAGAAUGUCGAGUAAAAAUUCAAUAUGUAACUGAAUUAGAUUUGAUUGAUGGUAGUUCUAUUCGAUUUGUUAUUCCUACUACGAUUGCUCCACGUUAUAAUCCAUCAUUGGGUCAUUUACAAUCACCUGAUAAUACCAAUAGUGAAUAUGUUCAAAAGACUCCAUAUUCAAUGUGGUUUCAAGCCCAUGUUCUUCGAAAUGAACAAUAUAAAAUUACACAAGUAGCAAAUCUUUCACAUGCAGUAAAUGUUAGUAUGUCACCUAAAUCAAUCGAUGUUUCAUUACAAGGUAUUGCUCUUGAUCGUGACAUUAUUUUGGAUAUUGAUCUACCAAAUAAUCGACCAAUGACACAUGUUUCUAUCGAACAAUUUAAUGAUACUUCAGAUCAUGCUAUUCUUCUUGCAUUUACUCCAAGUCUUUCUGAUUUGAUGAAAGUUUCUUCUGACAAUAAUGAAGCUAAUACAGAAUUUAUUUUUAUUGUGGAUUGUUCAGGUUCAAUGUCAGAAGGCAGUCGUAUCGGUCUUGCUAAAGAAGCUCUGCUUCUAUUCAUACGUAGUUUACCUGUUGGUUCUCAUUUUAAUAUUAUUCGUUUUGGAUCAAGAUUCGAUAUUCUUUUCAAAGAUGAAGUUUUGACAACUGUUUAUAAUGAAGAAACUGCAAAAAAAGCAGAAGAACUUACAAAUUCAAUAUCAGCAGAUUUUGGUGGUACAGAAUUACUUGAACCACUGAAAUAUUUAAAAGAUCAUCCACCAAUUAAUAAUCGAUCAAGACAAAUUUUUCUAUUGACUGAUGGAGAAAUUUCCAAUACAGAUGAAGUAAUUGAACUAUGUCGUUCAAUGUCUUCAUCAACACGUAUAUUUUCUUUUGGUCUUGGUGAUUCAGCAUCACGUUCAUUGGUAAAAGGUCUUGCUCGUACUACGAACGGUUAUUUUAUUUUCAUCCCACCUAAUGCCAAAGUCGAUACAUAUGUUGGUAGUCAAUUUGGUCGAGCUCUUCAACCAUCACUAGUCAAUGCUCGACUUCAAUGGCAUGGUUUAUCUACUAAUGGAUCACAAGCUCCGAAAACAAUUCCACCUAUCUAUGUCGAUGAUCGUGUGCUGGUUUAUCAAUUGUUGGAAGGUAAUGAAUUGAAAGGACACAAUAUCAGUGUGGAUCUGAUGAUUGGUGAACAAAAGAUUAAUUCAAUUCAGCUAAAUAGUAAUAUAAUACAGAAAAAAGAUACAAUACGUCGAUUAGCUGCAAAAGCUUUGAUACAAGAAUUACAACAUGAAAAUUACAAUCUACAACAAGAAAAUAACGAUAAUUCAACACUUGAACAACGCAUUACUAAACUAUCACUAAAUCAUCAAAUUCUGUCACCUUAUACAGCGUUUGUUGGUGUAGAAACUACUAGUCCAAAGAACAAUAAUACUUACUCUAAAGUUCGUCAUAUACCAAUUCAAAUAUCAAACGAUGAUAAACAUUUACUAAAUUUUCAACCAUCAUAUCAAUCUUCGCAAUAUAGUAAUCUAGCACCUAUGCCAAUGAUGGCUUCAUCUUACUCAGGGAUGAGACCAUCACCAUGGCGUUCUCCUUCCUACAAGUAUCGCGCACAUUAUCAAUCGGGCCAUAUUGGUUCAUCUGGUCUAUUUGAUCUACCUAGUCUAGCUGGUCCAUCUAGUAUGUCUGGUCAUAUAUCGUAUGAUAGCAUCGGUUUUGGUACUAGUAGUAUUAGUACUACUACCAGCUCACUCUUAUCCACCGAUCCUGUUCGUUGGUUAGUUAAUCAACAGUUAUUCAGCGGAGCAUGGUUAUUAAACGAUGAAGACAUUAAAAAGCUGACCAAUGGUAAAACAUUAAGCACAUUUACAUCAACUAUUACUCAAAAUAGAGAUGCUCUGUCAACAGCACUUGCCGUAGCUGUACUUGAAUCGAAAUAUGCUGAUCAAAAGAAUCUUUGGAAUGCAGUCGUAGCAAAAGGACGCAAACAACUUGAAAAUUUUGGUGUUAAAAACGACCAAAUCGAUAUACUUAUCAAUGACAUGAAGAAGAAACUGUAA